AUGGGCUUGAAAUCCGGCAUCGCCCUCAAAAGCCUGCAGUGGGUCUUCCGCGCAGUGCAAUUCUGCUCCUCGGCCAUCGUUCUCGGGAUUUACUCCUACUAUCUCGCAACACUCUCCAACCACGCCCUACCUAUCUCUGGCUACCUGCGCUCCGUCGAGGGCAUCUCUGGCGCUAGCGCGCUCUACACGGGCGCCUCGCUCAUCCUACUGUGGUGCCUCGGUGGCUUCCGCUGGUUCGCCUUCCUCGCCAUCAUCCUUGACGUCGCCUUCGUUGGUGCCUUCGCCUACAUCGCCUGGGAGACGCGACAUGGCGUCACGAGCUGCACUGGGCAGGUAGAGACACCCUUCGGCAACGGCGACGCCAACAGCAAGCCUCCCGGCGGCAAGGGUGGUGUCACAGCCCUCCCAGAUCUCGGGUCCGUUUGCACGUUGGAGAAGGUCUCCUUCGCUGUGUCGAUUGUCGCGAUUGGCUUCUUCCUGCUCAGCGCAUUCGCCGAGAUUCUGCUAUGGAAGCACCACAAGCGUGAGAAGCGAUUCGGGCCAUCCCCAGCGAACAACUACACGACCGGGUCAGCGCCGGUGAAGUGGAAGUUCUGGAAGCUUGGGAAUAAAAGGAAAGAGGCGAAUGCGGGACUCGAUAUGAAUCCGCCAUAUGAGCCACCGGUGUUUCCACUAAGCGGGAAACCGGGGAAUACCUAUGUGAAUGAGGCAAAUCCAGGAGGAACGGGAGGCUAUGCCUAUAGUCGGACGGGGAAGGCGGAUUAUGCAAAGGAGCAGGGUUUAUAUGCCCAGCAGGCUUCCGGGGUCGCAGGAACACCAGGACAGUAUUAG